AUGUUCUACUCGAACGAGGUUCUCACCUCCCGCAAGUAUGGCGUAGCGACCGUCUGGCUUGUUGCCACAAUGGGCAUCAAAUCGGGAGUGAAGAAAGUCGGACGCAAAGCCAUCCUCGACGUGGACGUGUCAAAGGCAUGCUCCACCGUUCUCGCCCCAGAGUCUCCUAUGGCUCUUCGCCUCCAGAGCAAUCUGCUAUUUGGCAUUACAAAGGUCUAUGAGCAGCAGUGCGGAUAUGUCCUGUCAGAUGUCGAAUCAGCCCGCAAUAUCAUGCGUGCCAUGUUGAAGGCAAAUCACCAGGAAAACAUGCUACAGCCGGAGGGUAAGAAGCAGGCCAAACCCGACCUGCUACAAGACGACCCAGCCUUUAUGCCUGGCCUUGACUUGAUGAAUAUGAACCUGGGCAACCUGAACUUCGACCAAUUGAACAUCGAUAGCACCAUCCUGCACGAAGACUCGCAGUCCACACUCUCUCCACACAGCUCUCAGGCGACGAAUGCGUCGCAGCACUCCAUCGGAGGGCUCAUGCUACCACCGUCUGCCAGCUCAUUCCUUGGCGGGCCUGUCAAUGGUAGUGACUUGUUUGGUCUUCGUGGCAAUUCCGAAUCUGGCACAAACUUAAAGCCAGCACGCAUGCUGGAAGAUGACCUCUUCGUUGUUGGCGAAGAUGGCACGAUGAACUUUGACGAUCUACCUAUUCGCCAGUCACCUGCUGGAGUGAAAAGUACCGUACGUUCGGAGAGCAGAGAUCAGGGCAAUGGAGAUGCUGAUGCCAAUGUCCACAUGUCUGAUCACGCCAUCGACGACGGCUUCGUGCCUCUACAAKACGAUAUUGAAGUCGCGAUGCCAGAAGCGAUGCCAGAAGCAGCUGAGCUUCAACACGAGACCAGCUCCGAGACAGCAACUGCACCUUUACGCCGACAGAGAGUUCACAAAGUGCCCAUUGUUCCCAUCGACUCCACGAUCCAGCUGUCCAAUCGAGAGUUGUCCUUGAGAGAUAAAUCCUACCUGGCCAACAUGCGGGUGGCUGGUCAGAACAAGCAAAAGACCAAAUUGGCUGUCAUCGCAAAGAAGAAUGCAGAGUACUGGGUUCUAGGGGACAGCAAUUUUCUUGGUCAGGGGAUGCGUGGACCUUUGGACAUGUUCACAGGAGCCCGCCUAUUCGAAGCCUUCACGGGAAUCCAGUUAGAACCCGGCAGCAAGAAGCGUGCGCUGGAUGAUGGCGAUGCCUUGUCCCAGACUGGUCGCCGGGUCCGUUCCCGUGGAGAAGAAUCCCCUGACGAGAUUGCUCGCGGCAUGUCCGACGAUAAUCUUCUCCUCAUGGGCGACGACACAAUCGAACAAGGCCGAGAAGCCCCAACACCACUCGACGAGCGCCAAGCAUCUAGCAUCUUCCCCUGGAACCAAAGCGCUGGAUCCCGUAGACUCACAGAUGCCCACGCCACCUCAGCUUCCGUAGCAGCAACUCAACUCGACAAAGCUCUUCGUCGCGGAACUCGUCUCGUAUCCGCAUCCCCACUCACAGGCCGCGGUGUCGUUGGCGCUGAAAUCGACGAUCUUCAACUAGAUCCCGAAUCCGACUAUGCCAUGGGUGGCGGAGACAUUACCAAUCAUGAAGAAUUCGAACUCUUCGGCCCUGCCGCACAAGUCGAUACUCAAACGGCCGAACAAUCCCAGUGGCAGCGUGCUACACUGGUUGGGGAGAGUGCUAACUUUCUUGAUUUCGUUCGCACCGCGAUCGAGAAUGCUGACGGGCAUCGCGUCAUGUCUGAUGACGAACAUGAAGAAUUGGGCGGCAGUGUGGAUUUCGAGACUCUGCUGCCACCGCAUCAGAGUCAGAUCGUGGCUGCACAGGCGUUCUUACACAUUCUUACACUGGGGACGAAGCAGAUGAUUCGGGUUGAUCAGGGGGAGUGUUUUGGUCCGAUUACGAUGCGGAUGGGCGUUGUUUGA